UGUGGAUAUAUCCUACACCUGGAUGCCACGAAUCUGCAAGCACUGUAGCGCGCGAGUGAUGUGCGAGGAGCGACACGCCGAUCGAGCAGGGUCAAACCAACAACCAACCCACAAAAAGUGUUGGAGAGUAGCGGGUAGCUAAGACGACGGCAACACACGCUGCACACCUCCGCUCACAUGACCAGCGCCUCCUCUCCUGCGAUCUAGCUUGCUCGUGUUCCUGCUUCUUUUGUGCCUACUAGCUUCCUGUCCCCAGCUCGCUCGGCACAUUUGCCUCCUCGUUCUCUUCUCCCAACAAGAAUCUCAUCUUCUUCCCUGCACACCGCCUCUCUCAGUCCCAGUUAGUUGAGAGAGAGAGAUAGACAGGGUAGCAAGGAUGGCGGCGGCAAUGGCGGCGGCGUGCUGCGGGCUGGAGGAGGAGACGAUGAUGGGGGAGCAGAAGGCGCCCGGGGCGUGCCCGCGGUGCGGCGGCGCGGUGGUGGCCACGGACGUGGAGAGCGUGCGGCGGGUGCUCUGCUGCCUGCCGCUGUGCGUCAAGAACAAGCGCAAGUUCUCCUGCGCGCGCUGCCGCCGCAGCCUCGUCGCGCUCUUCACCCACGCCUAGCUCUAGCUCCACUACCUAGUCCCAUCCAGCCAUGCCACCUGGCCAUCGAGCUUGCCCGCUUAGCUAAUUGAGUUUUGGCUUGGUUUCGACUAUGUAUUAGCAGGGCAAAUCAUCAGUAGUACUAGAUUAGGAGUGUAGCUAGCUGUGCAAUCGAUCUGCUCUGUUCAGUUGGUGUUGAGUCCAUCUUCAUGUUUGUUUAAAGUAGCUUCUUCCAGUUUCUCUUUGCUCUUCUAUUUUGGUAUGUUACUAGUUCCAUUCAUGUACUUUCUCAUGGUUUCAUCAUGGCCGUCCUUUUGUUCCCUCUCCUUUUUCCAUGUGAACAAGUGCUUGACCGAACAUUCAUUUCA